AUGAUGGAAAACCAUUACUAUAGAUUUCUUCCUUUUUGUCUCUUUUUUCUUCUUAUGAUGUUUUUGUUCUACACAUUAUCAUUUCCCCUUCUCUUUCAUUCUCUAUAUUUUCUUCUUCCCACACUUUUUCUUUCAUUUUUUAAUUUUUCUUUUUCCUCUUCCUUUUUCAGCUUUCCCUUCAUCUUCAUUUUUUACUUGUUCUUCUUACCCUUCCUCUUUCUUUUUCUGCUUUUUCUUCUUCCCCUUCCUCUUUUAUUUACUAUUUUUCCUUCUUCCCCUUCGUAUUUCAUUUUCUACUUUUCCUUCUUCUCCUUCGUUUCAUUUUAUACUUUUUCUUCUUCCCCUUUCAUUUUCAUUUUAUACUUUUUCUUCCUCCUCCUCCUUUCAUUUUCUACCUUUUCUACCUUUAUUGUUACAUUUUCUACUUCUUCUUUUCCACCAUUCUCUUUCAUUUUCUACUUUUUCUUCCUCUUCCUUCUUUCAUUUUCUACCUUUUUCUUCCCUUUAUUGUUACAUUUUCUACUUCUUCUUUUUCCCCAUUCUCUUUCAUUUUCUACUUUUUCUUCUUUUCCUUCCUUUCUUUUUGUACUUUUUCUUCCUCUUCCUUCUUUCAUUUUUUUCUUCCUCUUUCUUCUUUCAUUUUUUCUUCCUCUUCCUUCUUUCAUUUUCUACCUUUUUCUUCCCUUUAUUGUUACAUUUUCUACUUCUUCUUCUUCCCCUUUCUCUUUCAUUUUCUACUUUUUCUUCUUCCCCUACCUUUUUCAUUUUUUACUUUUUCCUCUGAUUUCCUUCCUUUUUUUCUCUUCUUUUUUUCUUUUUCUCUUCCGAAUUAUUUUCCUUCUUUUAUUUCCUGUUUCUUCUUUUUAUCUUUUUCUUUGCUAUUAA